AUGGCGAUCCAAAAGAAGAACGCCAAGGCGCGUCUUGAUAAGUACUACUACCUGGCUAAGGAGAAAGGAUAUCGUGCUCGUGCCGCCUUCAAGCUCAUCCAGCUGAACAAGAAAUACUCCUUCCUCCAACAGUCGAAAUGUCUCAUCGAUUUGUGCGCGGCGCCAGGAUCAUGGCUGCAAGUGGCAGCAGAGACGAUGCCGGCGAAGAGCUUGAUUGUCGGUGUGGAUUUGAGCCCGAUCAAGCCUAUCCCAAAGACCAUCACUUUUCAGGACGAUAUCACGACUGAGCGAUGCAGAGCCACAAUUCGUGGACACUUGAAGACGUGGAAGGCAGAUACAGUGAUCCACGAUGGUGCGCCGAAUGUUGGUACAGCAUGGGUGCAGGACGCUUUCAGCCAGAACGACCUUGUCCUGGCCUCUCUGAAGCUCGCCACAGAGUUUCUGGCUCCCGGCGGUAACUUCGUAACGAAAGUCUUCCGCUCGAAGGAUAGCGCGAAGCUCGAGUGGAUCUUCAAGCAACUAUUUGGCCGUGUUGAGCAGACCAAGCCACCCAGUAGUCGAAAUGUGUCUGCCGAGACAUUCUACGUCUGUCGAGGGUACAAGGCACCAAAGCACAUGGACCCGCGAUUCUUGGACUCGAAGUAUGCUUUUGCAGAAGUGGAGGAAGCUGCUGUGAACAUGGAAGCGCGAGUGUUCAAUCCCGAGAAGAAGAAGCGAAAGCGUGAUGGUUACGAGGAGGGUGAUUACACACAGUUCAAGGAAGUGCCUGCGAGUGAGUUCGUGCAGACGCCGGAUCCGAUCAAGAUGCUUGGCAGCGUGAACAAGCUGCACUUUAGGCAGGAGGAUGCUGGUGGAGAUAUUGCUUUGGCUGCGUUGGAUCGACUACCUGAGACCACGGAAGAAGUUAGGAUAUGCUGUCAGGAUCUGAAGGUUUUGGGGAGGAAGGAGUUUAAAUUGCUGCUUCGGUGGCGUUUGAAGGCACGUGAUACGUUCGGUCUGCGACAGAAGAAGACUGAGGAUACCGGCGCAAAAUCUGUUACUACAACCGCCAAAGGCGCAGUGGAUGAUAUGAUUGCCGAGGCAGGUGCGAAGGAAGGCGAAGCUGGCGAGGAAGUGGCAGUCCUCGAGAGCAUGGACGAUGAGAUGCGCAUGCAAGAAGAGAUCCGAGCGAUGCAGGACUCACAAUCCAAGCUCAAGCGUAAGGAGCGGAGAAGAGACAACGAGAGAAAGCAAAAAGAAAUCACCCGCAUGCAGAUGAACAUGACAGUGUCUUCCGAGAUUGGUCUGGAUGCCGGAGGACCUAUGGGCGACGAAGGCACGUUCAGAUUGAGGGACGUAGACAAGGCUGGCAUUGGUCGACAAAUCACUCGUGGCAGGAUGUACAGCGAGGCUGAGAAGCCGAAAGAGGUCGAGGAGAGCGAGGAGGAAGAAGAAGAUGAAGAGUUGGACGGACUGGAGAGGGAGCUUGAUGCUAUGUAUGAGAAGUAUCAAGAAGGCAAGGAGGAUCGCGAUGCCAAGGCCCGAGCGAAGCGAAUACGCAUGGAGGCGAACGGAGACAACGAUGAUGAGUUCGAAGGUUUCGAUGGUGAGGACAAGGGCGCUGAGACGGAUGCAAGCAGUGACGCUGGCAUUGUCGAGGAUGAGAGUGGCGACGAGACUGACGAGGAGGAAGCUGAGCUGUUGAAUCAAUUAGCGCCAAAGGAGAAUCUGAAGAAGGGUGAGCUAUCUGGACGUGCAGCGAGCUUCUUCCAGCAGGAUAUCUUCGCGGACAUAGGUGGUAUUGAGGAGGAGCCCGACUAUGAGGACGUCGAUUUAGCAAGAGACAGUGGCGUGGAUGUCAACUCUGGUUCAUCCGCUUCACCGCCACUCAAAGCCGCUGAAGAGGUCGACAUCGAGGAAGACAGCGCCGAUGAAGAAGCAGAGGCAGAAGAGAGCGACAUUGAAGAAGUUGUAGAGGCUGAAGAAGAAGCAGACUGGGAAGAGGGCACUGAGAAGCCUACCACAGAAACAGAAGGCAGACCGAACAUUGACAUCAUCACCGCCGAAGCCAUGACCCUGGCACACGCUCUCGCCUCUGGUAAGAUAACUCGCCAUCAAAUGGAAGACGACAAUUUCACAAAAUACUCGCAUCGCGAUGUCGAUGGCCUGCCCGACUGGUUCUUAGACGACGAAGGCAAACACUCCCGUCCCGCACGACCCAUCAGUGCCGCCGCUGCCGCUGCUAUCAAAGAGAAAACCCGCGCCCUGAACGCUCGACCCAUCAAGAAAGUCCGCGAAGCCAAAGCCCGCAAGAUCCUUCGCACAGCUCGACGGAUCGAGAAGCUGAAGAAGAAGAGUGAAGGGCUGGCUGAAGGCGACGAGACUGAAAGGGACAAGGCGAACUCAAUCUCGGCGCUCAUGGCCAAGGCGAAGAAGGGUGGUGGGAAGAAGAAGGGGAAGCAGGAGGUCAAGGUUGUUAGGGCUGGUGGGCAGAAUAAGGGUGCUGGGAGGCCGAAGGGUGUCAAGGGGAAGUAUAAGAUGGUUGAUUCGAGGUUGAAGAAGGAUGUUAGGGCUGAGAAGAGGUUGGCUAAAAAGACGAAGGGGAAGAGAUAA